AUGAGAAGGUCACGUCCGUCAAGGGGGGAUGUCAGCGCUGCCUUCCUGGAACUGGAGGACUGAAAAGGAGAAAGGACCAGAAUUAUUUGAUGCUGGCUGCUUUUGACUGCUGACACAAUCUGCUGUACCCUGGUGGUGGUGGAGGAACAGGACAGUCUCUCCUGCUUGGUUCUGUGGUAUCGCAACAGUGGGGUCACCAUGAAUGUGACAAGUUUAUUCUCCUUCACCAGCCCAGCAGUGAAGAGGCUGCUGGGAUGGAAGCAGGGGGACGAAGAAGAAAAAUGGGCAGAGAAAGCUGUUGAUGCAUUAGUGAAAAAACUGAAGAAGAAAAAAGGUGCUAUGGAGGAGCUGGAAAAAGCAUUAAGCUGUCCUGGUCAGCCCAGCAACUGUGUCACAAUUCCUCGUUCCUUGGAUGGCAGGCUUCAGGUUUCGCACCGGAAAGGGCUACCACAUGUAAUUUACUGCAGAGUGUGGCGCUGGCCAGACCUGCAGAGCCAUCACGAACUGAAACCACUGGAAUGCUGUGAGUUUCCCUUUGGUUCAAAACAGAAGGAGGUUUGCAUCAAUCCCUACCACUACAAGCGGGUAGAGAGUCCUGUCCUUCCUCCGGUGCUGGUUCCAAGGCACAGCGAGUACAACCCUCAGCACAGCCUCUUGGCCCAAUUCCGCAACCUGGGACAAAAUGAGCCCCACAUGCCGCACAAUGCUACUUUCCCGGACUCUUUUCAGCAGCCCAAUAGUCACCCGUUCCCCCACUCGCCCAACAGCAGCUAUCCAAACUCGCCUGGAAGCAGCAGUAGCACCUACCCGCAUUCUCCAGCCAGCUCAGACCCAGGAAGUCCUUUCCAGAUGCCAGCUGAUACUCCCCCUCCUGCUUACCUGCCUCCGGAAGAUCAGAUGACACAUGAUACCUCCCAGCCGAUGGAUACCAACAUGAUGGCACCUGCAAUUCCCCCUGACAUACACAGAGGAGAUGUUCAGGCAGUUGCUUAUGAAGAGCCAAAGCAUUGGUGCUCCAUCGUUUACUAUGAGCUGAAUAAUCGCGUCGGGGAGGCGUUCCACGCUUCUUCCACCAGCAUCCUGGUGGAUGGCUUCACUGAUCCUUCAAACAACAAGAACAGAUUUUGCCUGGGGCUGCUCUCAAACGUUAACCGCAACUCCACCAUUGAGAACACUAGGCGGCAUAUUGGCAAAGGUGUUCAUCUCUAUUAUGUUGGUGGGGAAGUGUAUGCUGAAUGUCUUAGCGACAGCAGUAUUUUUGUGCAAAGUCGGAACUGCAACUACCAUCAUGGGUUCCAUCCCACCACGGUCUGCAAAAUCCCCAGUGGCUGCAGUUUGAAGAUUUUCAAUAAUCAAGAGUUUGCUCAACUUUUGGCUCAGUCGGUGAACCAUGGCUUUGAGACAGUGUAUGAGCUUACUAAGAUGUGCACUCUCCGUAUGAGUUUUGUAAAGGGUUGGGGAGCUGAAUAUCAUCGCCAGGAUGUAACGAGCACUCCAUGCUGGAUAGAGAUACAUCUUCAUGGUCCCCUUCAGUGGCUGGAUAAAGUACUUACUCAGAUGGGCUCUCCUCAUAAUCCUAUUUCUUCAGUGUCUUAAAAGGUCCCAAGCUUCUGCAUUUUGGAAACAGUUGAGCCUUGCAUGUACUUGAAGGACGUAUGAGUCAGACACACACACUUCCCCCCCCACCUUCCCUCCCCGAACUGGCAACAGCUGAAUAAGAGCCAUGAAAAUACUUGACUUCAGUGACCAACUGUUGGAUGCAGAAAAAAAAAAAAAAAAACAAAAAACCCACAACCCUUUGACAUACUUUUGGUAUCAAGAAUUUUAGUUUACAUUGUAACGUACUAUUGCAAAGUUGAUUUGCAGGGCUUAGUGCAACGGGGACGACUGAGCCAAAACCACAAUCUGUCAGACUGAGUUCCCAAAGGAUCUUCCUGUAGCUGGCACUCUGAGAUUCUCUUUCUUCCUUACGUUCAGUGCUUGCUGAUUUCCCCUGUGUCCUCUGGGGCUAAGAGCCGAUGUUGGUGAAGUCUGCUUUUUGCAGGCUCUGUGCAGUACAUUUUAAAACCAUUUGUCUAGUCGAUGGUUGCUGUUCUCUUUUAAAGAAAAAAAAAGUCAUAAGGUUUAAUCUCAAUAACUGUGUAAUAAUCUUUGAAAUUGUGUCCUGACCAUACUGCUGUAAGAAUGUUAGGUAUGUUUUUUGCUAAAUGUAUGUACGGUGUAUUUGAAAGUUUAGAAAUGAAUUAGAUUUAGACCAUAAAGGAAUUGGGAAUAUUUGAAUGGGGGGAGGUGGGUGUGGGAAGGGAAAAUGACAACUGAAAUGUAGAAUAUAUUGUAAACAUAGCUUGUUAGUUUAAACUGAGGUCUGAGUUUUGCUGUGCAUUUCAUUCUUAUAGUGGCUUCAUCUUGUUAAUUCUGACUAUUUUUGCCUCUUCGUUUUCCCCCAAAACAAUUGCACAGCUGGUUAAUUCUUUUACCCAUGAAGAGGACAAAAGGAUUAAUUCCUGCAGUUUGAAAGCUGCAGCUCUAUGUAUUUCAAGACAAAAUUGUACAGAGUGCUCUUUAACUAUUGAGCAGUUUUAUACAGUUUAUGUAACAGAAGUAGGCUUUUAAUUUUGUAAGAGAAUCUUGUUUUGCCAAACCUAGUAACUGUUAAUUGUUUGGAGGACUUCAAAAUCCCUGUGUGGGUCUAUUUCAAACUUUUAAAAAAUAUACAUAUUUUAAAGUUUUU